AGGCGCUUGAGAGUGGACCGCUUGGAGAGUAGGAGCGCAGUCGCAGGUUAUCCACCGCUUGGUGCACGAUCUACCAUCACUCUGAGACUUCUUGGAUCUUCCUUUAUAUAAACGAGGGACUCAACAGAAUCACAUUACUCAACGCGGUUUCAAAUUGUUCCUCUUUUUUCCUCUUUUGCCCCCUCUCUCCUUUUUUUUCACCCCCCUGAUCAGGAUAAACUAUCCUGUGUUUUGUAAAGCCAAUUGUCAGUGCGCAUCAUCGCGGGAGUCAAAAGGAGGUUUGCCACUGUUCCAUAGGAGACUGCGGGCUGCUGGAGCGUCAUGACAGCUGAGAAGAGCGGGCCCAUUAUAAAUGGUAAACCAGAGGAUGGCAAAGACCCGGAAGGGUCCAGCUCCAGCCUGGAAAACCUGGGCUACCAUGAGAGAGGUCAUUGGAACAACAAGAUCGAGUUUGUCCUGUCUGUGGCCGGAGAGAUCAUCGGCCUGGGCAACGUCUGGAGAUUUCCUUACCUCUGCUACAAAAAUGGAGGAGGUGCAUUCUUCGUUCCAUAUGUCAUCUUCUUCAUAUGCUGUGGUAUCCCUGUCUUUUUCCUGGAGACCGCCCUGGGUCAGUUCACCAGCGAGGGAGGUAUCACCUGUUGGAGGAAAAUCUGCCCGCUAUUUGAGGGUAUCGGCUACGCAACACAGGUGAUUGAAGCUCAUCUAAACGUGUACUAUAUAGUGAUCCUUGCUUGGGCCAUCUUCUACUUCUUCAACUGCUUCACCACUGAGCUGCCGUGGGCUGGCUGUGGGCACUACUGGAACACAGACAACUGUGUUGACUACUAUGGAGAAAAUGCCACCAACAUCACAAACCCCAACGCAACUUCUCCAGUCAUCGAGUUCUGGGAACGUAGAGUACUGAAGAUAUCUGAUGGUAUUGAGCACAUGGGGGGAGUGCGUUGGGAGCUAGCCAUGUGUCUGGCCCUGGCCUGGUUCAUCUGCUACUUCUGCAUCUGGAAGGGACCCAAGUCAACUGGCAAGGUUGUGUAUGUGACGGCGACAUUUCCCUAUGCCAUGUUGUUGGUCCUACUGAUCAGAGGUGUGACGCUGCCAGGUGCAUUCGAUGGCAUCAAGUUCUACCUCUACCCGGAUAUUUCCCGUCUCUCUGACCCUCAGGUAUGGGUGGACGCUGGAACCCAAAUCUUCUUCUCCUAUGCCAUCUGCUUGGGCUGUCUCACAGCUCUGGGAAGCUACAAUGCCUACGAUAACAACUGCUACAGGGACUGCAUCAUGCUGUGUUGUUUGAACAGUGGCACCAGCUUUGUGGCAGGUUUUGCCAUCUUCUCUGUGCUGGGUUUCAUGGCCUAUGAGCAAAAUGUUCCCAUCGAGGCAGUGGCAGAAUCUGGUCCUGGUCUUGCAUUCAUUGCUUACCCCAAGGCUGUAACCAUGAUGCCUUUAUCUCCUCUCUGGGCCUGUCUGUUCUUCAUGAUGCUUAUCUUCCUCGGUCUGGACAGUCAGUUCGUGUGUGUGGAGAGUUUGGUGACGGCUGUGGUGGACAUGUACCCAGAAACCUUCAGAAGAGGCUACCGCAGGGAGUGGCUGAUUCUGGGCAUGUCUAUAACCUCCUUUUUCAUAGGACUCAUCAUGUGUACAGAGGGAGGAAUGUACGUCUUCCAGUUGUUCGACUCGUACGCUGCCAGUGGGAUGUGUUUGCUGUUUGUGGCCAUAUUUGAGUCCAUCUGUAUCGGCUGGGUGUACGGUAGUGACAGAUUCUACCUAAAUAUUGAGGACAUGAUCGGCCACAAACCUGUCUUCUUCAUCAAAUGGUGCUGGAUGAUCCUGACCCCGGGCAUCUGUGCUGGGAUUUUCCUAUUCUUCCUGAUUAAAUACAAGCCUCUGAAGUACAACAAUGUGUACACCUACCCUGACUGGGGCUAUGGAAUUGGCUGGUUCAUGGCCAUGUCCUCGAUGGUCUGCAUCCCUCUGGGAAUGAUCUACAAGAUCUGGAAGACACCUGGCACCUUCACUGAGAGACUGAAGAAGCUGACAACUCCCAGCCCAGACCUGAAAAUGAGAGGAAAACAUGCCGCUCUCAGUCCUUAUGCCGCAAAUGAUGCCAAACUCAAGGUUGAUGGGAAAAUAUCUACCAUCUCAGAGAAGGAGACGCAUUUCUAACUGACUUCCCAACUGACCGACCAAGCUGCCUGCCGUCUUUACAAUAAGUUCAACAACCUACAGCAAACAAAAACAUCAUCAUACACCACACAAAACAAAAAAAGAAACAAAUGACUGGGAGUGUUAUUUUUGUUUUUUAAAAAAAAAGGAAAAAAAAGGAAAAGUUGUCACAUUCUAGUCUGCUUCUGUUUUGCACAAACUUUGAUAACACAUUUGUUGUUUUCAGUUAACAUCAUGACUAAGCAGCUGUUUCUUUCUAUCCUAAUUAUUAAUUUUCUAAAUCUGUUUGCUGACAUAUAAUAUAUGGUUAAAACUCGUCCUGAUACCUUGUCAGCACUGUUCACACUUGUGUCCCAGCCUUUAGACACUUUGUGUAUUGUUGUAAAGGCUUAUGGUGUACAUUUAUUGGCAGAGUGCUGUGCCUUCUCUUUAAGGUACUAGGUACCCAAAUGGAACUGAGAUGUAGCAGCUUGGGGACCAUUCCACACAGUUUUGUGUGUGAAGAGGAAGAGUGCAGUGCAUGUUGGUAGACUAUAGGAGGGCAUACCCUAAAUAUAAUUUGUAUAUAGAGCUUUUCCAUCAAAAUUUUGGACGAUAUCUUUGCCAGUUGUGGCUGUGAGGGCUAUGGAGUGUUUCUGGAGUGUUUUGUUAUUCUCGUUCACUUGAAAUCAAUGUUGUCACUAGGCAACAUGAGCAAAAAAUUACAGCCUCUGGAUGUAAUUGAAAUAUAUUAUGAGGUCGUUGAUCAUCAUGUUAAGAUACAUUGCAUUCUUAAAGGCUUUGGUGAUUUCCACAGCACUCCUGCGUGGGAUUUAACAGUAAUAUCAAUGGAUGUCUAAAUAAAAGUCCUGAGUGUAGCUGCUCUCUAAAGCCAUUUCCAUCAGUUUUGGACAUCCUCAAUUUCACAUCCCCAGUUUUGCGCCACACAUGAUCACAUGUCCGCAAAAUAGCAAUGACUGACUCGCAGGGCAAGUCUGAAAUCACACCUCUCUCCUCUAGCUGCCCUCCUAUAAGUCGUGGCUCUCUGUCAUUUCACAGUAAUUAUGCUGAGCCUAACACAGAGUGACAGACAGAUGUGCCCCCCCCCCCUCCCCAAUCCCCCCACCCCCAUUUUUAUUUCCAGCUCUGCCUGUAGAAGACAAGAUGGACGCCCAUUAGAUGAGCAUUUCAAAAUCCAUCUGUCUGCUCCUCCUCUCUCUUUCUUUUCUCUACUUUUCCCCAUCUCUCCUCUCUCCCACUGUCCUUCCCUCUCAGCUUCAACCUCUGCUUGUCCCCCUCUACAAUUUUCCUACACUCUCUUUGACUUUUCUCCGCCACGUUGAGGGUUGAGUAAUGUCAAAGGCCUUUUAUGGAGCUUCUGUAUGUUUUUUUUAUUUUGCCACAGACCAUAUGCAUCAGAGAUAGCAUGUUUGUGUUUCUUUGACCUUUCUCCUGACCUUGUAAAUCUCAUUGGGGAAAAAAGACAGAUCUUUUAAUUUUGCUGCCUGAGCCACUCGGGGAGGGGGGCAGCUCAGUUUGUUGCUGUCACCCAUUCAAUUGUGGUGGGAGUCAAUGAGCUGGUCUCAUUGUUCAGAUCAAUCUCAGUCCAUUACAGCCGCACCCAAUGGGCCCUCCAAUGACUCCCAAGUAUUCCUACCUCCCUUCCUUGCUUGCUUUGUCUGACUUUCUCACCUCCCUUCCUAUUUCUUCCCUUUGUCCUUGUGUCCUGAUGAAAAUGCAAUCAGAGGAAUGCAUCGGAGGGGAUGACACCAGAAUUUCUCUCUUUACAGUUUUUCAGGAGGAGGCAAAUAGAGCAGGGGAAGAAAUAAGGGGUUGAUGAGCUGAGGAAGUGCAUGAUCGAGAAAGUAAUGAGGGAAAUCGAGGAAGUGAUUAAUGAUCGAAGCCCCUCCUGUCUAAGCUGUUACAUCCUCUGAAACAUGUGAUUGGUCCCUCUGGUUUGAUGCAUAAUGAUUUCAUCACCUCCUCACUGAUGUUUGUGCAAGUUAAUAGACAUGUGAAUCAGAAAAUGAUAGCCUGCUGUUUAACACUGACCGUGUUGAUGUAUAUUUUUACAUCUCUUUUUAGAAAUCUGUGGUCUAUUUCUCAAGGUUAAAGAUGUUUUAAAAAAUGUGCUGUAUCAAAACAGAAUACAUCCUUUGUUUUGACUUUUGAUAUGCCACUCAAAGGAUCUUGUUAUAGAAAUAUAGUAAAAGGUGUUUUACUGUUCUGUACUGUUCUACACACAUUUUGGUAUUCACAGGACACAUGAACUGUCUGCUUACUCAUUUUUAAGAAUAAAUAUUAUAAAGAGG